CAUAAAAGGGUUAUCAAGAUUCUAGAACAAAAAGUCUUUCUGUUUUUUUAAAAUUCUGGGUCAUCUUGAAUAGUUUGUGAAAUCUAGUUAAGAGAAACUGAGAAAGUACAGGUUUUUUUUUUUUUUUCCUUUGUGAGAAAGAAUAUGUGGCUUCCAAAGAAAAAAGAAAUAGAGAAGACAGAAGGAAAUGGGAUAGUUGCAGUUGCCGUUAACAAUGACAAAGGGAGCCAACAAGCUCUCAAAUGGGCUACUGACCAUCUUCUUUCCAAGGGCGAAACUCUCGUUCUAAUCCAUGUUGUUAAAAGAUCUUCCUCAUCUGCAUAUGGGGGAAAACGUGCUGCCAUUUGUGAUAGCAACGAAAAAACUGCCUCACUGCACAGACAACAACUUGAGCAGCAAAAUAGGGAUAUAUUCUUUACCUACCACUGCUACUGUACUCGUAAAUAUAUACACUGCCUCGAUGUCUUACUCGAAGACACAGAUAUAGGAAAAGCAUUAACAGACUAUGUUGCCCAUGCUGCAAUAGAGAAGUUGGUUCUUGGUGCUCCGCGGCAUGGAUUUUUGAGAUUCAAGUCAUCAAGCAUUCCAAGCACUGUAUCAAAAGGGGCACCAGAUUUCUGCUCCGUAUAUGUGAUCCCAAAAGGGAUCCACCUCUCUUCAGUGCGAAAAGCAUCUCGUCCAGCCCCCCAUACUUCCCCACUACUUGAACAUAUUAAGAAACUAAGUGCCAAAAGCAUUGAAACUUCUGCCACACUCUCCAAACUUACAAUGAACUUAAGAGCAGAGAGGAAUUCAUUUAAUCCUCGCAGCAAUGGGCCACCCAGGCAGCCCUUCACAAAAGGAGGAAGAGGGAAGAAUUCAAAGGCCUAUUCGGAAAUUCUAGAAUCAGAUAAUGAUAUAUCAUUUAUAAGCAGUGAGAAGCCAAGCACUGAAAAGAUGUUUCCUACAGUCUUCAAUUUUACUGAUUCAGGCCAAACCUCUCAGCUUUCAACUCAAUCAAUCUAUUUAGAUUCCAAGGUCAAUGACCUCAGUCGUUUGGAUUAUUUCUCAUCAAGUUCACAGGAGAGUGGUAGAACAUCUUGUUCAGGGUCAUCCCAAAAUUUGGAUGAUGAGGAAGCUAAGAUGAGGAGACUGAAGCUGCAGCUGAAGCAAAAAAUGGACAUGUACAGUGCUGCAUCCAGAGAGGCAUUUAAAGCAAAUCAAAAGGCAAUGGAGCAUCAUUGGAAACUUGCAGAAGAGUGGAAGUUAGAUGAGGUAAGACUAGGAGAGGAAGCUGCACUGUCAAUAGCAGAGAAAGAGAGAGCUAGGUCCAAGGCAGCUCCAAAGAGGAUUGCAGAGUUGGGAACACAAAAAAGAGCAAAUGAAAAAAUCAAAGCCCACAAAGAAGCAGAGCAAGCUAGGUGGGCAUUGGAUAAUCUAGCCCAAAGUGAUCUCAAAUACAGGAGAUACACAAUUGAGGAGAUUGAGAAGGCAACAAAUUUCUUUUCUGAAUCUCUUAAGAUUGGGGAAGGAGGUUAUGGCACUGUGUAUAGGUGUUACCUUGAUCAUACACCAGUCGCAGUCAAGGUUUUACAUCCAGAUGCUGCUCAAGGGAGAUCACAAUUUCUGCGAGAGGUAGACAUACUUGGCUGUAUAAGACAUCCCAAUAUGGUACUCCUUCUAGGAUCCUGUCCCGAGUUUGGCAUCCUAGUCUAUGAAUACAUGGCUAAUGGAAGUUUAGAUGACUGUCUCUUCCGGAAAGGAAACACUCCAGCCCUCUCUUGGCAACUCAGGUUCCGAAUUGCUGCAGAAAUUGCCACAGGCCUGCUCUUCCUCCAUCAGACCAAGCCAGAGCCAGUACUGCACUGUGACCUCAAGCCAGGAAACAUUUUGCUAGGCCACAACUACGUCAGUAAGAUUAGUGAUGCUGGAUUGGCCAGGGUCGUACCUGCUGUAGAUGAAAAUGUAACAGAGUUCCACACAACCUCAACAGUUGGAACCUUCUGCUAUAUUGAUCCAGAAUAUCAACAAACAGGAAUGCUUGAUGUAAAGUCUGAUAUCUACUCCCUAGGAAUCAUGCUUCUGCAGUUGAUAACAGCCAAGCCACCAAUGGGCCUGGCUUACAUUGUUGAACAGUCUAUUGAGAACGGUUCAUUCACAGAGAUGCUAGACCCAGCUGUGCUUGAUUGGCCAGUUGAAGAAGCAUUGUGCUUUGCAAAGCUAGCACUCCAAUGUGCAGAACUCAGACGGAAAGACCGGCCAGAUCUUUGCAAGGAAGUAUUGCCAGAGCUCAGUAGACUGAGAGAACUAGCUGAAGAAAAGAUGAACUAUAUCCUCUAACACAGCAGUUCUCAUCCCUCACCCAAUCACAGCCACGCUUCAAUACAACAGGAUGUAUAAGCGAUCCACUCCUGGAGAACUCAUCAAGCACAUCAUCACUGACAGGAAGACAAUCAAGUAUAGAUUGAUCAACACUUUAAGUAGUAUGAAGAUCAAAACCUAAAGGUUGGUUUAUUUUCUUUGGUUCACAGGUGUAACUGAGUAAUGCUAGCAAGUCAAUUCAAGUUCCUUGAGGAAGCAUUGCAACAGAAAAUUCAAUACGUUGAAUUUUGUUGCUUUGCUAUGUGAAGUUGUUCAACGGACCACAUUGACUAGG